CCGCGGACAGCUGACGCACCAAAGUUGAGCGCUUUCCACGCGCAUCUUCAUUCUGCGCUCGAGGAGGAAAGGUGAGGACGCAUCCUUUUUCUGCUCCAGGACUUGCAUCUGAAUUAAAUGUCUUGGGUCGUUUUUUUUUGUCAGGCAAACAGCUUUCCAACUCCAUAUAACUUAAAGCUGGUCGCAUCAUCGGAGGAAGAGAAUUUUUCUACCAGAUCUCAGCGAUCAAGUGCAGAUGAAGAUCCCUUUGGAUGUUCCGAGUAAAGUUGUGUAACGCAGGGAAACAGCAGAUAACUGAUGGAGCCGGACAGCACUUCUGCUCUCUGUGGAGUGUCUUUUGUUACUCGGUGAUGGACGCUGGACAGUCGGAAAGGACCCCCCCCACACCUGAACGCGCAUCUUUUUUUUUUUACCAACACGGUAGAACAUGGUCUGUUUUAUGAAAUCCCGGAGAUUAACAACCAGCAGCAGAAACAUGGGGAUCCGAAAUGAGGCGAAAAAACAAAACCACUCCAAACCCAUCAUGAUCCUCCUCCUGCUCCUCUUCACACCGAGAGUGGACUCAUCGUGGUGGUACAUCGGAGCGCUGGGCGCUCGGGUUAUAUGCAACAACAUUCCCGGUCUGGUGAACAAGCAGCGGCAGCUCUGUCAGCGCCACCCGGACCUCAUGCAGUCCAUCAGCGAAGGCGCAAAGGAGUGGAUCAAAGAGUGCCAGCACCAGUUCCGACACCACCGCUGGAACUGCAGCACCCUGGACCGGGACCACACCGUGUUCGGCCGGGUCACGCUGCGAAGCAGUCGAGAGGCAGCCUUUGUGUAUGCCAUCUCCUCAGCCGGAGUGGUCUACGCCAUAACCCGCGCCUGCAGUCAGGGGGAGCUUAAGAUCUGCAACUGUGACGGCCACAAGCGGGGGCAGGCCAACGACGACAAGGGCAACUUCGACUGGGGCGGCUGCAGCGACAACAUCAACUACGGCAUCAAGUUCGCCAAGGCCUUUGUCGAUGCUCGAGAAAGGAUGGUGAAGGACGCCCGGGCGCUGAUGAACCUGCACAACAACCGAUGUGGUCGGAUGGUGAGCAGCAAACGUUUCAGCGUUAACGCAGUGAAGCGCUUUAUGAAGCUGGAGUGCAAGUGUCAUGGGGUCAGUGGUUCCUGCUCUCUGAGAACCUGUUGGCUAGCUAUGUCUGACUUAAGGCGAACCGGAGACUACCUCCGCAAGAAGUACAACGCAGCCAUCGAGGUGACCAUGAAUCAGGACGGGACCGGCUUUAUGGUGGCCGACAGGGACUUUCGGGGAAGCACCAAGAAUGAACUGGUCUAUGUGGAGAGCUCCCCAGAUUACUGUCUCAUGGACCGCGCAGCAGGCUCGCUGGGUACAGCUGGCAGGGUGUGCAAGAAGUCCUCCAGAGGCACCGACGGCUGCGAGGUCAUGUGCUGCGGCCGAGGCUACGACACCAUGCGCGUCAAGCGUGUCACCAAGUGCGAGUGCAAGUUCAAGUGGUGCUGCUCGGUGGAGUGCAGCGACUGCGAGGACGUGGUGGACGUUCACACCUGCAAGCCUCACAAGCGACCGGAUUGGCUGGACAUAACCUAAGCGCCAAACCCCGGCCGAGACCUGGCACAGCUGACUCAUUAACCUCUGCUCCAAUGGCCUUCUCCGAGUGGGAUCUCACGACUUGUAUACCUCUGGCUUUUCCGUGCUCUGAGCACUUUUCAACCAGACUUCACAGAACUUAAUCGGAAGUUUGCUGUCCAGAAACUAAGUCCAGUCGCAGCUGGUGUGAUGCUUCAAAAAGGAGUUUUUAUGAGGAAUUUUUUUGCCAUCUAUGACAGGUUUUAAAUCUUUGAUACAAAUGGUUGAAUACAUCAUGUGUUGUUGUAAAUGCGCCCUCAACCGAGGCAGACAGGAGAUGACUGGUGGUCUCACAGAUUGUAAAGGCUGUGAGCAUAAUUGAUGAGAGAGGCGACCGUGGUGACUAAUAUUUAGCGUAAAUCAGGAGAAAGACAUAAACUCCGACAUUCUAUCAUUUAAAGUGACAAAAAGUCAUGUCUGAAAGUGCAACGAUUAAUUUACAAAAGACAAACGCUGCUAAAACGUGCAUCUAUCAGAUCAAAAGAAAAAAGUCAGACACUUAUAAAAUCCUUCUUUCGGUGAAUGGCUCUACGUACUAUGAGGAAGGGUAGCAUGAGAGAUAUUAAUGUGUUUCAGUCGACGUUGGAUUCAGUUGAUUUAGAACAAAAAAGAAACAUGAUUAGAAAACGAGCAAGCCUCAGAGAGAUUUUUGAACAGUGUGCUGAAUAAUGGAGUGUGAUAGAUCUCACGCAUUCUGGUUGCCUUGCAUCAUGGAAAAGUUUCUGCUAUCUACCUCUGGUCAGUUCUACUUGAGUUUAUUUUUGCUGACAGCUUUAAGUAACUCCUAAAAGCUUUUGCAGAUUGACAACACACACGCACACACAGAAAAAAAAAAAUAGACACAGCAACAGCUGUUGGGUGUAAAAAAAAUCUAAACGAGGACUUUGAAAAAAUUCAAUUUGGCACAACUUUUGUUGCAACACAAUGCAAUUUUCUCUAAUGAGAUACAUUAAAGGCCGGCUAAAUGUAUAAAACUAAACAAUCCAUCUUAAAUAUCUAGAAAUUAGUGGAUAUUUUGAUUGUGUGAGUGGUGUCAGGUCCUGUUGCCAGUUCCAGACUUAUCUGAUUGGCAUUCAUUUAGUAUUUUAAAUGCAGCUUCUCUGUUUGUGCUCAUUACAAAAGCUCCCAAGGCAAGUUUACUCUCUUUUCACACUGUGACAGACCGCAUUUAUAACAAAUCUUGUGCAAUUGUGCUCUCAGUUCUCUGUGCACGUGUCGUAGCUCCUCAGGCUGGUUUGAGGGGAGUGAAGGAUGAAGUCGCCACUGAACUUGAAUUGAGACUUUCGAACAUCUGGCAAAGCAGACAGACACUGUGUAGGGUCUUUGGAGACACGACUCUCGGAAUGGUUUACAAGAUGCGAACACUAGGAGGUGAGGAAUUGUUUUAGGUCCAUGUAAUGACGGGAGAGCCAAAGUAAAACCCUUC